AUGUAUAAAUCGAGAGUUAUAAAAAAAAAAAAAUUCUUUUUUUUUUUUUUUGGGGUAAAACCUGGUAUCAUUCUUGAAGAAUUAGGAAUUCCUUAUAAAGUAAAAAAUAUUGAAUUGAGAAAGAAUCAACAAUAUGAACCUUGGUUUUUAAAAAUUAAUCCGAAUGGGAAAAUUCCUGCAAUUGUUGAUCAUAGUAAAGAUGAUUUUCCUGUAUUUGAAAGUACCGCAAUUGCCAUUUAUCUUUGUGAAAAUUAUGAUCCUGAAGAAAAAUUAUUACCAAAGAAUGAUCCUAAAUUAAGAAGUCAAGUUAUUCAAUGGGUUAUGUUCGAAGCGUCAGGAAUUGGACCUACGCAAGGACAAUCCAACUUUUAUUGUAGGUUCAACCCAGAAAAAGUUCCAUUCGCCAUUAAUAAAUGUGCCAAUGAAAUCAAAAGAAUUUACGGAGUUUUGAAUAAAUCAUUGGAAGGAAAAGAAUAUUUAGUAGGAAAUAAAUUUACAUUGGCGGAUGCCAUGAGUUAUCCUAUGGUCAGAGGGCAUUUUUUUUCUGGAGUAGAAAGUAUUGAUGAAUUUCCAAAUUUAAAAGCUUGGAUCGAACGUAUUGAUGCAAGACCAGCAACUCAAAAAGGGUUAAAUGUACCAGUUCCUGAUAAAAUGAAAGAAUUUCAGGAAAAUCCAGAAAAAUUGGAAGAAUUUGAAAAAUUAAUGCACAUUUAUUUCAAAGAUCGAUUUAAAAUUUGAUAACAA